AUGACGGCCGACACCGAGUGCAAGAUUCCGUACUCGGUCUUCGCUCACAUUAUCGAAGCCAUCGUCUACCGCUGCGACUACAAGACCAAGCUCAACUUCCGCGCCACCUGUCGCAAACUGCGCAUCGUCACCGACAAGAACCUCCUUCUCGAUGCCGUCAUGUUGUACCGCACCGAGUGCCCCUGUGGGUCGCUUAUUGUGCACCCCUACAAGAAGCACAGCUACCCCUACUUCAAGAUCUGGGGUGAUCUUCCCUGGCUCAUCAGCAGGAUGGAGGGGAAGAAGGUUACCAUCAGUGACGUGGACGCGGGUCUUCGCACCAACGCCCUCCUUAGCACCGCGGACUCCCUGUCCUUCACCAACCACACCCGCAUCUGCAACUUUGUCCUCGAAAGCCAGCAGAACUUCCUCGGUCUGCACAUUGACAUGAACUGCAACUGCGGCGAGGGCGGCCUCUGCCCUGCGUUCAACCACCGCGCCGAGUCGGUCAGCAUCCACCUGCACCCCGACAACACCUACCUGACCCUCGCCGGUCAGGAGGGCUACAACCCCACCGACAUCGAGGUCGAGAAGGACGACAAGACCGGCUGCCACAUGCUGCAGAACGUCCUCAACCCCUACAUCUACGAGUUCUGCCUCGUCCUCGGUGCGCCCUUCUCGGUCGACACCGCCAAGCACCUCCCCGCUUUCCUCUUCCCCAAGGCGCACCAGUACAUCCUGCACUGGUCUUUCAGGCUUUCGAUCAUCAUCCACGGCAUGCCCAAGUCCGGCGAGGUUGAGAAGAAGGCCCGUGAGGCUUUCGCCCUCCACCUCCGUAUUCCCAAGGCCAAGGUCAACAUCACCUUCGACCAGGAGGCUCACCCCGGCCCUUGA